UCUAUCUUUUUCUCGAAAAUUCAUGGGGAACAACACAAAAAUCAUGACUGUGAGCGUGACGUGUGAGAGUAGCGUUGCCCGCGCUACUUGUGGCUCGCGGCUUCGCUUAUCACGCAAACUCCCACGACUGCUAACUUUAACAUGUGGCGUUCUUCUUUGCGUUCUUCCCUACGGAUUUUCAGGCAAAAGAGAGACUACUCGCAGUCUACAUACCCCCUGGCUUCUCCACCCCAUUUUUCUCGGAGUGAAGGCUCUGGGUACAAGUUUGGCGAUUUGUGGUGAAGAAUUACAAACAUCAACAAGCAUGGCUUCAGUUAUUGUGCCUCGAGGACGAGGUUUAUUGCUGUUUCUCUCAGUAACAGUUAUUGUUCUGCUCAUUCUUCGUGCUUUUACAAACAUCAGUUUUGGUGAAGGUUCAGUCUUCGGUAGUAGAAGGUCAACGGAAAUAAAAAUGCUCACCUACAACAUUUGGUUCUCUGAUGAGAAGAUGCGCGAAAGAAUGGAAGCCUUAGGUGAAAUCGUAGAAGAUCUUGAGCCAGAUCUUUUGACUUUUCAAGAAGUCACUCACGACAAUCUCGCCGUGUUACGAGAGCAACGCUGGUUUUCGCGAUAUCACUUGGUUCCAUGGCCGCCUGACCUCGCGAAAGAAGGAAAGUCGCAUUUUGUUGUCAUUUUGAGUUCAUUUCCUGUUGAAAGAUGGGAAGUUUACACCUUAAAGACUUCUCCACGUAAUCGCACACUUGUUGUGGCAGAACCAAAGAGCUCUACAUCGUCGGCGGAAGUUGUAUUUGUGAUUGCAACCACGCAUUUAGCAUAUUCUGGUUAUAAUACUAAACUACGCGAAGAGCAGUUAAGAGAGUCUGUUAAGAUUAUUUCUGCUUAUGAUAAUGUUUGUGUCAUGGGUGAUUUGAACAUUCAAGAUAAAGUUGAUGGAGAUGUAGUUCUGCCAUCGCCAUGGAUUGAUGCCUGGCUGUCAAUUUCCGGAAAUUCUGAAAGUAAUGGUUACACCUGGGACCGAAAUAAGACACCAUUUGCCUCAGUGCUAAAAAGUACUGUCAAUUCAAUUAGUUACCAAAUUCGGCUUGAUCGUGUUCUUUGCAAACUGUCAGACUUUAAAGUUAAAGAGAUGAGAAUUGUUGGUGAUAAGGUGACAAAGUCUGGGGUUCGCCCCAGCGAUCACUUUGGUCUUUUUACAGUCAUAGAACUGGUACAGAAAACUGAACACAAACAUGACAACAGCAAAAAGUUGCAAACUGAUAGUGAAGUUUAUUUUAAUAGACCAGCUGGGUGGGAAAAGUUAAUUAAGCAGUAAUGAGUGGAUAAAUAAUAAGUGGAUGUCAGGAAAAGAUACGGUGGAAAGUAGGAUUCCUAAAGAAGGGAAGUUAUCCCAGGGCCGCAAGAUGCAAAUUACUAAACAGUAAUUUUUUGACCUGUCAUGCGGUCCUUCCUUCACGUGCAGAAGGGACAUGUGAUAAGCCCCCAAACUAUCUCUAGGAGAGUAAUGAAUCUGUAGCAUGAAUGAUGAGUCUAUAGCAUGACCAAUAUUUAUUUAUUCCAUUUAAAGCUCUCGUAAGCAGACACCCUCAUGAUGGGAAAAAGGUGUUCUUAACUGGAGCUGAACAUUUACAAGAGUGGUUCUUGUAAGAGGCCACAGAAAGUGUAAGGGAUAGAUGGAUACUUAUGGGAGCUUUCCCAGCUAACAAUGAACACUGAGAGUGAAAAAAUACCACCAUAAUAAAUUAUUUUUGUGGUG